AUGUGUGUUACCAUCCAAUACACAUGCCCACGGUGCGAGGGCCUGACCGGCGAGUUCACUCGGGUCUCAUGUAAGCACAUAAAGUGCUGCAAGAAUGAGCCUGUUCGACAGCCAAUGGUGAAGUUGAACCUUGGCCAUUGGUUUUGUGGAACCGAGGGCUGCGAGUACAGCCUUAAGGGCCAGCAAAAGCAGGAUGACAUGGUCAGGCACAUCCUGACCUCUCAGUACAAGAAUUUGGAGAAUGACAUCGUCCGGCAGAGUAUCGAAGAUCACAAACCCAAGCUCGAAUGGGACAAUUCCGACGCGAUGGAUUUGGGCCCUGAACCUCCCCGCCAACUCUUUGGCCCGCGCCCAGCCCUGCCCCCGGCUCCCGCUCCGGCUGCGGUUCCAGCUCCGGUUCCGGCUCCUGGUCCCACCCCAGCUCGGGCUCCCGUCCCCGCUCACGCUCCCGCUCCCGUCCCCGCUCCGGCCGCCAAUCUGGCCGCCGCCGCCAACCCCGCCGUGGGCCCCGCGGCACCCUUCUACUUCCAUCGCCCCCAGCGACAGCCGGUCCAAAAUCAGGUCCAGGGCCCGCCUGCGGUGCCCGACCUGUCCGCCUUUCCGCCCGCCGACGCCGCCAACAUCAGGCGCCUACUGCAGAUCAUCACGCCCCGAAGGCACGGCACCGAGGGCCAGCACUGGCUGCCCGAGGAGGAGGAGCUGCUGGAGUUGCUCUGCGACGUCUGGAGGAUGCCGACCUCGCGCGUGUCGAGGGACUUCUUGCCGCAUCGCUCGAAAAACGGCUGUGACAGCCACCGAUCUCAGUUAAGAAGGCAAAGGCGUCUGUGA